AUGGACCAUUAUUUGACGACAUACCGAAAGGACUACCUCUGGCCUAAUCUACCCGGUUCCGGAAGUGGGGGUGGCAUUGUUGAAUCCCCGAAGCUAUCAGGUCAAGAAUUAGCAUUCUAUCAAGCAUGUAUGCAACAUACAAGACCGCCAGAUUGCCGCUGCCCGCAGUAUUCUGGAGAGGAAGUACAGCUGCCACCAGGGAAAGAGGGCGGUUGGAGUAGAAAUGAGAUAAUGGGACCAAUGUUGGAUCCUAAACUGUACCCAGUACGAGUUGGAGCCAGCCCCGAGACCGCAUCAUCGCGAUAUGACCAACCCAACGCAUUUUUGGACAAAUUGCAGUCAAAAUACCCGAUGCUGUAUAGCAUCUUACAAAACGAGGCAUCACCAGAGCUGAAACAGAGGAUAGAUAGAGAUAGAAAUAAAUCCACGUAUCAAGUUGAUUACUGCGAAUCAGGCCCGGGUGCGAAGUUCGAAGGAUUGCAACGCGCCUCUGAUGAAAGCGGUACCGGACCUUGUGCGCAGCCUAUGAGGCUUCCAGGGGACCCUUGUCGAGUGGGUCCAAAGCCGAGGAUGACCACACCGAAGACCAUCUCCAAACAGGGUGGAGCAGGCGCCGAUCCAAGGGCUAAAUGCGAAACAACGUCUGCCGUCCCGCCCCUCGGCAAGACAGAAUAUCAAGACAAUGUAUCCAAGUUGGGCGGGAUCAUUAUGAGAGAUAAAUUACACAGAAAAUAA